AUGAAAGAGGAAGAUUUACAUUUCUUUGAUGACUUUGUCACUGAAGACAGUAUUUACUUCAUAGAUUCUGAGAAUGUAAGAAAUGAAAACCAAACACUUUUAGACAGCCGAAUUACCUUUGAAAAAGUAAAAAAACCUGUUGAACCAAAAAAUAUUGAAGGAAAUAAUAAUAAAGAAUGCAGAAAAGAUUCUUGGAUUAAGACUGCAGUUGAGGAAAGUUAUAACGAAAAUGAAGCAACAGAUAUAGACGACGAAGAUUCAUCCACGUCUGAAAAUAAGGAAAAAAAUAAAAAAAAACCAAAAACUAAAGUCAAUAAUCAUAAAGUUAGAAGAUCCUCAAGAAGUACAAUAAAAAUUGUCCCAGUAGUUGAUGAUAGUAGCGAUGAAGAGCGUGACUUUUCUGCCGAUGAAGAUUCAUCAUACACUCCUGAAGAUGAAGAAGUUAAAGGGGAUAAAUAUAAACGACGAAUUAAAUCAGGGUCAGUAAAAAAUGUUGGUAAAAAUUUAAGUCCCAUCAUAAUUUAUGAGGAUAAGAUGCGCAACAACUAUAGUGAUGAAGAAAGUGACAAUUCUGAUCCUGAAGAAGAAAGUGAAAAAACCUCAUACAAUAUGAAGAAAGAAAUAAGAGAUAGUGACUUUUCUGAAGAAGAUUAUACAAAUUCCUCACAUACUGAAGAUGAAGCCAUGGAAAUAUUAAAAGGCCGUUGUCCAAGAGAGUUUAAAAGAACAGGUCAUUUAAAACGGCAAAGAAAGAAAUACAACUGUCCACUGUGCGACGAAACAUUCUCGACUAGGAUAAGUAGAGGCGCGCAUAUGAAAAAAAAACACGACAUUAUACAAAGAAAAAAAUACAAAUGUUCAAAUUGUGACAAAAUAUUCCCACGCCAAUAUCAUUUAAACCAGCAUUUUCAAACAAAACACAACGAUUUUAAAUAUACGUGUCCACAUUGCCCGAAAGAGCACAAACAUGAAUAUUUAUUAAAAAAGCACGUUGAAAGCAAACAUCUACAUUCAUUGUGUGCUAAAUACAGUUGUCCACAUUGCCCACAAGCUUUUACAAGGAGUGAUAAUUUAAAAAAACACGUUCAAAACCAACAUGGAAAACCAGGAAAAAAAUACAAAUGUCCGCAUUGCCCAAACAGGUUCAAAAGAAGUGAUAACUUAAAACGCCAUAUUAAAAACCUACAUGGCGAUCCCUUACAAAGAAAAAAUCAUGAAUGUCCACUUUGCGACAAAAUAGUAUUAAACAAACAUAACCUAAAUAAGCACAUUAAAUCAAAACAUAAAUCAACUUAA